UUACGCAGCACAUUAAUACACACACAACACAUUCACACACACACACCCCACACCCCACACAUACAUAACACAUUCGCGCACACACACUCCCACCCGACACACGCACAUCUGCACACACCCUGCCCAGCAGACUCUCUUUCUUCACAUUUAUAAGUAGCGUCUCUCAGAGGGACAGAGGUCUCCUUCGCUGCCACGAGAUGUCUUGCUCUUGUUUGCACCCUUUCGCGCACACACGAGUCCUAAGACAUGCCUCCUGGGGCAGGUUCUCAGCCUUGGCACUGUUGACGUUUGGGGCUGGAUCAUUCCCAUGCCCUGUAGGAGGCUGAGCAGCGUCCCUGGCCUCCACCCACUAGAUGCCAGUAGCACUAACCCCCCCCACAGUUGUGGUAACUAAAAAUGUCUCCAGACACGGCUGAAGUCCCCUGGGAGGCAAAGUCAAGCCCUGCUGAGAAGCCCUGUCCUACAGGAUCCUGUUAAAGAUGUGGGUGACAGAAAUUGGGAGAAGGGAAUGGCCCUUCGGGUGGGGUGUGGGGAAAGAUCUGGAAGGAUGCAUUUUAGAAUGUGUCCCUGUAUUGAGAAUCCCAUGUGCCCUUGUCUGCAGGGCCUUGCUCAGUCCCUCGGAACGUUCCAGAAAGCGGUGUGCAUCCUUCCGUCCCUGUAGGCUUGGCGUGGAGUUGACGUGGCGUCUGUGGCUCCCCAGACCCAGGCCCCUUUAGCUCCACUCUGGGCUCAAACCACCUUCCCCCGGAAGUUGUGUCUGCAAAGUGCUCAGAAUGAAAAGAAAUCUAGAGCGAGCUGGCUGGCUGACUCCCUGCCCCGAUGACGAGGCCUUACUUCUGAGGCAGAAGCAGAGACAAGACCUCCGGCAAUGGAAAAAACAGCAGCUCCAGCGCCUGGCCAAGGAGUUCAAGGCCGAGUGGCAGGAGAUCCAGAAGCAGCAGGUCAGAGACCUGGAGCGACUGUACUUAGCACAUCCGCUGGGCAUGAGAGGCGGAUGUGCAGAGGACAGCCAGCUGGUCUGGGAGGAACCCGUCCAGCGAGCAGCCACCAGGCAGCAGAGGGCCAGGGAGAAGCACAGAGCAGCCAUCAGAGGGCUGGACCCAACCAAACAGCCUGCGUGGCACACCAAGUCCCGGAAGAAGGCCGCGGGCACGGAAAAGCAGGGUGCUGCCAAAGUCACAGGUGUGACCCGGCCUCUCCCCAGUGCCCCUGACAAGAGGAAAGGCAAGCAGAGGUCGUCUGUGAAGACCAGCGGGGGCCAUCAGCACCUGGACCCCUGGGUGAGGAAAGGGACGGGCGUAGACAGGCUGUAUGCACAUCCUGACAAAACCAGGCGCUCAGAGGAGAGAGGGAAAAAGGAAACCCGGGAUGGGAGGAGACAGCUGGAGAAGGAGGCCGCUUCUUUCUCUCAAGGCCUGAAACACAACCGUCUGGAUUCAAGUCCAGAGGGCAGAUGGAAAGGUCUGGAACAGCUGUGGCCCGUUGGCUCGACCCACAGAGGGGGAGCCGUGUCAGCAGGGCCCCUGGGCAAGCACGAGGUCUGGAAGAAGUGGCAGAGAGAGCUUGAGUUUACCUUCGAAGAGUUGGUUGACACAAACAGAAAGCUGAAAAACCGCCUGGGUCGGCACCUGGAGCCGUGGCUGAGAAAGGGGCAGGGCCCCGGUGGGGAACCAGGCUGCCCUGAGGUACAAGAGCCUGGAAGGGAGGCCCAGAGGGAGAAGACCCUAGAGGCAGAGACGGUGCCCGCCAGGGAACCCAGGGACCCCAUGCGGGCCUACCAGACACCCUCCAAAAUCAACUUGAAGAAAUUGCUAGACAAGAUGGAGAACCAAAAUUAUCGUAGGUUGGCUAAGUGCGUGUUUGAAGAGAAAGACAAAAUGUCUAAAGCCAGUUUUAAGAACGGAGACAAAGCCCCAUCUCCCGAGGCAGAGGUCUCUGUCACUGAGGAGAACUGGCUCUCGUGCACCUUGGAAUCUGGACAGGAGCCCCCCGAAACAGUCAUGCUGGCAGAGGGCACCCAUCAGCUGCACCCUCAAGAGCACGCCAAUGGAGGGGGCAUGAUGGGGGCAGUGCCAACCCCGGAGAUGGAGCGGAGGAGACAAGAGCAGCUGGAAUUGCUUGAGCAAACGGGACACCGGAAGACGAAGCUGGAAAUCGUCCUGAAGGCUCAGCUGGAGGGCGAGGACAGCGAGCAGAGGGAGGUGCGCCUGAAGCCGUUGCCCGCUCACGCCCAGGGGCCGGAGGGAGGACAGGGACCCAGCACCGCUUCCCCCUCGGGUGUCAGCAUCAUUGACGACAGCAGGCACGGUCAGACGCUACGGGACCUUCAGCUGCAGAUUCUAGAGCAAAAUCAGUUACACAAGCAGUUCCUCGAAGAAGCCAGGAAGCGCUUGCAAGAGUUUCAGAAGAUAUGUUAACAGCAAGAGUCCCACCCACAACAAAAACAUAACCGAUAGCUGGGUGCUUUGUCAAAACUGCUGUUGUCUGUAAUGUCUGUGUUUUUGCCAUCUGCUCGGAGACCACUGGGUCAAUAUUAU